GAGAGAAAGAGGAGCGAGAUAAACGCAUCGCAACGCCACUCUCUCUCUCUCUCUUUCUCUCUCUCUCUUCGCUUUCCCUUCACCCUACUUGUCGCAUCUCGCCUCAACGAUUUCGACCUCUAAAUCGACUCGGAGACCCCCAAUUCCCACAAACCCUAGCCCAACGCAUCGUCUCCGCGGUGAUGGACGGCCACGCGACAUCGGCUGCGGCGUUCGUUGAAGGGGGGAUUCAGGAUGCUUGUGAUGAUUCAUGCAGCAUAUGCCUCGAAGCGUUCUGCGACAGCGAUCCCUCUACGGUGACUGGUUGCAGGCAUGAGUUUCAUCUGCAAUGCAUUCUUGAAUGGUGCCAGAGGAGCUCCCAAUGCCCCAUGUGUUGGCAGCCCAUCAGCUUGAAGGAUCCUACCAGCCAAGAACUACUGGAGGCCGUAGAAAAAGAGAGGAACUCCCGGGUUAACCGACCACGCAGUGCUACCAGUCUUCCGCAACCAAUGCUUGGCGAUUUUGAAGUGCAGCACCUUCCUGUAGGAGCUGAAGAUGCAGAUCUGGAAGAGCGCAUUAUACAGCACUUGGCGGCUGCUGCCGCGAUGGGUAGAACCUAUCGUAUUCAUAGAAGAGAAGGAAAUCGUGGUAGACCGGCAGAUCAUGGCCGUACUCAACAUAUGGUGUACUCAAGGCGUCAGAGUGCUCCUCCUGCCGUAUCUUCGUCUCCGUUAUCUGCUAAUAGAGGGGAAGAUGAGUCAGUCCCAGCUAUAAAUUCUCUUAAUCCUUCAGCUCCUAUCGCUUCUGGCACAAACUUUGCUAAUAGUCCUGGUCUAUCUAAUAACCGGAACUCAUCUGGUCAACCUACGCCUGGAAGCCAAGAUAGAGCUGGACCAUCUGAUUUCCAGUCCUUCUCAGACUCUUUCAAGUCUCGCCUUAAUGCAGUCUCAAUGAGAUAUAAAGAAUCGAUAACAAAAAGUACGAGAGGGUGGAAAGAGAAGCUGUUCUCCCGAAACAGUGCUAUAUCGGAUCUGGGUUCUGAAGUCAAGAGAGAGAUUAAUGCGGGAAUCGCUACCGUGUCGCGUAUGAUGGAGCGUCUCGAAACUAGGGAUGGUACUGGGCCUUCAAUGAAUUCUGGUCUGUCAAACAUUCAAGAUCCUUUGGCUACAGAGACAACUAGAGAGAGGAUCACACUGUCGUCAGGUCCCACAACUGCUCUUCUAAGUGACUCUACUUCAUCGGCUUCUGGUCCAAAAUAAACUAUUCUUCAUAAGGUCGGGUCUAAAGAGGUCUGCUUUCAAUUCAGGAUUAUGAGAGGUUGAUCCGCAAAUUCUUCGUCGGCCUACCUACGGAAAAGAAGUGAAUAGAACUUCUCUUCUAUAUCUUUACUUGCUUCUUUCAAGCUUUGUAAAAAUCUAUCUGCAGAACUCGGCGUAUAAGAUACAGGGAUAACUUCAAAUAACCCCCCUGUAGUAUGGUGCUUUAGCAGUUUACUAUGGUUCGAAGUAUAAAACUUUGUUGUCUCGCGGUUUUUAUUUUUGUUUUCAAUAAAGACCUGCUGCUAAUCAGAUUGCAAAGUCUUAUAUAUUGCAAAUGACAUUGUGGUUGUAAUCUACUCUCUAACUACUAUGUGCUAUCCUAUUUAACCGCGUAUUGUUGUUGCUACGGAAAGUAAAAACCAAAAAUCACAAGAUAGCAAAGUGCGCCGCACUUUGAUUCACGGAAUAGUAAAGUGCAGCUACGCCAUAGCAUAGGGGGGAUUUUUGAAGUUUUUUCUAAAUUAUAUCUAUAAAUUUCUCUUUUGAGAACAUAGGUUAAGUAGUUAAACAAUAUGACAUAUUUAUCUACUGCAUCGCGUGAAACUUGGUGGGCUUUUGUUGUUUCUUAUGUGCUAAUUAUUGUUUUCGAAUUA